AUGGCUGACGUUUUAGACUUAAAUGCUGAAGAGUUUGUGGAGGAAGAUGAAGAGGGAGUUUCUAAGCUUAAAGAAAAAGCUAGAAGAAGAAAAGGACGUGGUUUUGAAGACAAAUCUAGAAGAGACAACAUCAAAGAUGAAGCCAUGGAAUUUGAUUCAGUCGAUCAAGCUGAUGACGAUGGACCUGGACCCCAAAGAUCGGUUGAAGGCUGGAUAUUGUUCAUUUCUUCUUUACACGAAGAAGCCCAAGAAGAUGAUUUGCAUGAUAAAUUUGCUGAGUUUGGGAAAAUUAAAAACUUACAUUUAAAUUUGGACCGUAGAACCGGUUUUUUAAAAGGUUAUGCAUUAGUUGAAUAUGAAUCAUAUAAGGAAGCUUUUCGAGCACGUGAAGGACUGAAUAAUACCGACAUUUUGGGACAGCAAAUUAGUGUAGACUGGUGCUUUGUAAAAGGACCAAAAAGGAUAAAAAAAUCAAGGCGCCGAAUGACUAAUUAUUAA